CAUUUUUAUUUGUUAACAGGAACAAAACGACUUCAAGGCCCUUGUGUUGGAGUUCAUGCCUAAUGGGAGCCUGGAUAGGUGGUUACACAUUGAUGUACAUGCAUCACAGCAACUGCAAGGUUUGACAUUGAUGCAGAGAUUAAAUAUUGCAGUUGAUAUCGCUGAUGCAUUAGAUUAUUUGCACAACAACUGUGAACCACCAAUAAUUCACUGCGACUUGAAGCCAAGCAACAUUCUUCUUAACGAGGAUUUAGUUGCGCACAUUGGGGACUUCGGCCUUGCAAAGAUUCUUUCUGAACCAGCAGCGGAGCAGCUGAUUAAUUCAAAGAGCUCCAUUGGAAUAAGAGGAACGAUUGGAUAUGUAGCUCCAGAGUAUGGCGAAGGUGGUCAAGUUUCUUCAUGUGGAGAUGUAUAUAGCUUCGGAACUGUCAUCCUCGAGUUGUUUACAGGCAUGGCACCAACUCAUGAUAUGCUCAGAGACGGGUUAACCUUGCAUAAGCAUGCCGAGAAUGCAUUUACAGGGAUGCUAAUGCAGAUUGUUGAUCCAGUACUACUUUCCAUUGAAGAAGCCAAUCUGACUAGUCUGCAGGAUGGAAGCAACACAAUGGAACAUGGCAGCAAUGCCAUAUUGUCUGUCAUGAAGGUUGCGCUAUCAUGCAGCAAUCAUGCACCAACAGAGAGGAUGUGCAUGAGAGAUGCUGCUGCUGCGAUUCGCAGGAUAACGGAUAGCUAUGUUAAAAAUAAGACAAACUGAGGAAGUUGUUGCAACUGCAUAUAACACAAAGCAUUUUGCUGAAACAAGAUCAGCACCUGAAACAUCCAGGUCAGCCCCCCUGAAGUGGCGUCAUGCUUAAUUUGCUUUGUAGUGGUUAUGAUUUGCAUUCCAAGUGUGGUGUUGUAUAUGUUAGUUUCUGCCUAGCCAUUAUCUUUUAGUUACAUACAUAUGUAAUUUGUUCAGAGAGGUCCAACGAGUGUUGAAGGCCUUAGCCUAGGCCAAGUCGGGCUUCCGAGCCUACUCUCUAAA